AAACAAAAAAACUAUUUUUCUAAAGUUUCCUAAACAUUAACAGUGUCGCAGAGGCCACGAAAUUUAGAUUGAAAGAAAUACGUUUAUAUUUUUUGUCAAUUGUAAUUGUUCACAUUUCCUGGCAGAGGUUUUUAUAUUUAACUAUGGGAGAAGGUCUGAGUGAAAUCGAUCCGAAUUCGUUUUCAAACCCAGAGCAAUGCAUUGUGACAGACAUUCACAUAAAUGUAGAAGUUGAUUUUUCAAGAAAGAUAUUAAAAGGAUAUGUCGAUUUAUCUGUUGAACGAAAAAACCCGAAGGCAGAUCUUGUAUUGGAUACAAGAGAUUUGAAUGUAAUAAAUGUACGAAACAAAAAUACCUUAAGUAAAAUGGCUUUCACUUUGGGUGAACCUGUUGAAAACUUUGGCAGAAAGUUAGAAAUUAAGUUGCCGAAAAGGAUAUCGAAGAAGUAUAAUAUUCGAAUUGAUUAUGAAACUGCUCCACAUUCCACUGCUCUUCAAUGGUUAGAACCCUGUCAAACUGCUGGUAAAAAACAUCCAUAUUUGUUUAGCCAGUGUGAGCCCAUUCAUGCUCGUUCUAUGCUUCCUUGCCAAGAUACACCAGGUGUAAAAACUACAUAUACUGCAUCUAUUACUGCUCCAUAUGAGUUGACUGUAUUAAUGAGUGCUGUCCGUGAUGGUGAAGAAAUUGACGAUGAUCCUCUUAUGAAAAAAUAUAAAUUCAUUCAAAAGGUACCUAUUCCCAGUUACUUAAUUGCUAUUGUAGUUGGAGCAUUAGAAAGCAGAGAACUUGGACCUCGCUCCCAUAUUUGGUCGGAGAAAGAAUAUGUUGACAAAGCUGCUGAAGAGUUUUCUGAAACUGAAAAAAUGCUGAGUAUUGCUGAAAAGUUAUUGGGAGAAUAUGUCUGGGAAGUCUAUGAUUUAUUGCUGCUUCCUCCAUCAUUCCCUGUGGGAGGAAUGGAGAAUCCAUGCUUAACAUUCCUCACUCCUACCCUGCUGGCAGGUGAUAAAUCACUAGUUGAUGUAGUGGCUCAUGAAAUUGCUCAUAGUUGGACCGGCAAUCUUGUAACCAACAGGAAUUUUGAACAUUUUUGGUUGAAAGAAGGCUUUACAAAUUUUAUUGAGAACAAAAUCAUAGGAAGCAUGCAUGGAGAGCCUGCUCGCCACUUCAGAGCAUUGGAAGGCUGGAAGGAAUUAGAAUAUGCAAUUGAAACUCUAGGUGAUCAAAAUCCUUUGACAAAGCUGGUUCCUGACCUUAAAGGUGUGGAUCCUGAUGACGCUUUUAGUUCUGUUCCUUAUGAAAAAGGUCACACUUUACUUUACUACCUUGAAACUCUUCUAGGGGGACCAGAUGUAUUUGAUGAAUUUUUAAAAGCUUAUAUAGAUGAAUACAAAUAUCAAUCCAUUGACACUGACACGUGGAAAAAUUACCUGUACAAAUAUUUUUCAGAAAAGGAAGACAUCUUGAAAAAGAUAGAUUGGAAUGCUUGGCUGUAUUCACCUGGCAUGCCACCUGUUAAACCUGAGUAUGAUUGCUCUUUGGCUCAGAAGUGUGUGGAUUUAUGCAAUCGAUGGAUAAACGCUGGUGAAAACGAUUUGGAACAAUUCUCUAUCAAAGACAUUGCUGAAUUUUCUUCACCUCAGUGUAGAGAAUUUCUGUCUUUACUCCUACAGCAAGAACCUUUAUCAGUAAAAAAAAUGGAGAAGUUGACUGAUGCAUAUAACUUACGAGAAAAUCAUAACUCAGAAAUUCGGUUCAGAUGGAUUAGAUUAGGAUUGAAAUCUCAAUGGAAGGAAAUUAUUGAUCCAGCUUUAAAAUUUGUAACAAAUAUUGGACGAAUGAAAUUUGUGAGACCAAUUUACAGAGAUAUGUAUGAAUGGAAUGAAACUCGUGAAAAAGCAGUAUUGAAUUAUCAUGAACAUUCAAAAGAAAUGAUGUAUAUGACUGCUUUUGCUCUAGCAAAAGAUCUGCAGAUAUCAGAAGAUUAAUAUAAAUAAAGUAUAUAAGCAGCUGAGCUAUUAUUUUUCUGAAAGUCUAUCUUUCUUAUCUAGAGUAACCAG